ACUAGGUGCUGUAAACACAAGUUUGCAAUAAGUUGUUAAAGUCACAGGUGCUGAUGUACGUUAAUAUUGCAUUGGUUGUCCUGGAACAAGUGACGUGUUGAGGAACAACUCCAGGGAUUUUGUGCAACAAAGAUAUUUAAGUGGAAAAUAAUGUAGAUACAAGGAAGUGAGGGCGAGUGAGGCGCUGGGCGGCGGCUGUGUAUCCCCCUACAGUCAUGGUGCUUGGUAGAGGACUGCUGUGCUCUCUUACGUCUCCCUCCACCCUCUCCACGGCUAGUCCCGCCCACUUUUCUCUCACUCCUCCCACUCUCCUUCACUCCGCCCACCUUCCCUGCCAUUGGCCGUGCCAAGAACAGUAAUCUGGGGCGGGCCGGCGACACCGCCUCUUAUACUGCGGCCGAGGGCAAACUAGAGCUUAAGAUGAGAGCAGCAGAGGGUGAGCAGAGUGGGUGUCACCUUCCUCGCUGCCAGUGAGGACUAACACAGUGACUAGUGCGAGUCAUGUCCCCGCGGCCAGCCAGCCCAGGCAUGGACUCAGUUUGUGGGCGUGAGUCUUCGGUAUCGCCGCCCACGGUGGUGGCGCCCGUGGCUGUCAAGGCUGUGAGUGAGGCCCACACGAUGCCCGUGCCCACUGACCAGCAGCGCCUGCUGUACCAGCUGGCCCUGGCCGAACGCCUCCGUCUGGCCUCUGCUGGCCUGGCCUGGGCCAGACCCCCGCUCUCACCACACCAUCACCACCUCCAGGAGGCCACCAUGGGCGGCAGCUUCAUGGGAGGCCUCGGUAUGCCCAUGAUGGGCGGCCUGGGCUCUAUGACUUUCGGAGGAGGAUUUAUGGGUGGGGCAUCUACCCAGGUACCCCCAGCAUCAUAUCCACCGCCCCACCCACUCUACGGUUACAGGCUCCUCGACCCCCGGAUGUUGUUGCCCCGGGGCCCAGAGGAACCCAAGCCUCAGCACUCCUACAUCGGUCUCAUCGCCAUGGCCAUCCUCAGCAGCCCUGAGAAGAAACUGAUACUCAGCGACAUCUACCAGUACAUCCUGGACCACUACCCGUACUUCCGGUCCCGCGGUACUGGCUGGCGCAACUCCAUCCGUCAUAACCUCUCCCUCAACGACUGCUUCAUGAAGUCAGGUCGCUCCGCCAACGGGAAGGGCCACUACUGGGCCAUCCAUCCCGCCAAUAUAGACGACUUCAGGAGGGGUGACUUCCGCCGACGGCGCGCCCAGCGCCGCGUCAGGAAACACUUGGGUCUGGCCGUGGAUGACGACUCUGAACCUGAGGCUCUCUCGCCCCCGCCACCAACACUUCCGUCUCAUGACACUCCCGCCCUCGAACUGACCUCCCAGGAUACGCCCGCUCAGGGCGUCACCGCCCGCGCGUCAGUCACCGACCCUGCGAUCUGCCUAACCAGGCCAAAACGUCAGUUCGAUGUUCUGAGUCUCCUGGCUCCUGACCGACCUCCGCUUCACCAGGAUGACGUAAUGGAGGAGAACUGCAUGGAGGUGAGUGGUGCUCAAUUGGGUCACCAAACAAGCCAGAGACAUCACCUGCACCUCACUGACGAUCUCCGCUUGAAAGUUAUAGAUGAGCACCGCCUGCAGAUGGUUGAGGGCCCACAUACAAAAGUCCCUGAAGACCAUCUGCAGCACGCUGCUGGAGAUGACCUCGAGGUGUCCAAGUAUCACCCGCGGUCCAGCGAAACCCUGCACCUUCAGGCAUCCACAGACCAACACCUGCUGAGCGAGACCAACCACCAUUUACAAGUCAGCAACAGCAACAUCCUGCAACUGGCCAAAGACCACCACCAUCACCUUCAAGACCUUGAAGAUCAGAGUCACAAAGAACGGCAGAGGUUGGAGAUUAGGGAGAAGCACGGAACCUCGUCUUGCGUUAUAAAGACCGAAGCUACCCAGCAGGAGAUAAAGACGGAGGAAGGUCUUGAUGUAGUGGGAGGAGACCUGCCACCUACUACAUGUUGGGCGGCAGGUGGAUGGCCCCGCCGCAGCCUCCACAUGCCCUACAGCGACGCUGUUGAGGGUCACACCUCUAAGAGCUCCUUCAGUCUGUCUUCUUCAGGCAACAGCCAGCAGUGUCCAGUGGUCCCAUUAGUGAUGACUUCAUCUGCCACCACCCAGCUCGCCCACACCCAGCCCGCCCACACCCAUAACACAGCCUCCACGCAGUACCCCGCCCACGCCCACACACCUACCUCACCACACGCCGUCCAGAUUACCCUCUCUGUGUCACUACCCAAGACAGCAGACGCCGCCCAGUAGAAGAGUCCCAAGCCGCCCACACCGCUACUCUGUACCACAUUGUACCUUGUUGUACCACACCCUGCUGUAACACAACAGUAUUAGAGCUGCUGCUGCUGCUCUCUCUUACAGCCAAGUUUAUUCUUCCAGGACGGUGGUACCUUCAUGUUGUUGAGUCUCUACAUUCAAAGAAAUGAAGCUACCCCUCCCCUUCCUCGGAUCAAACCUGAUUACUUCCCAUCCCCCCCAGGUGCUGCAUGACACCCCCCCCCCGGAUAAGCACUUCCCCCCACAAACAUGAUAAUCAAAGUAAUGUAUAAAAAUUACUUCUUUGAACACAUUCAUCUAUCAUACAUCGUCUUGUUGUUGUUCAGUGAAGCGAUGAAUUAUCUAUCUCAAAUAUAUUUCUUCCCAGCAGAUAGAUGAAUAAUACAAUGGUGUAGUUAGUAAGGAUGUUGUAUAAUGUAUAUGUCAGUGGUAAAUACAACAUUAGUCACGUCUCUGGGUUUUACACUCCAUACAACACUCACAAUAAU